CUCAAGGUGAGUAGGAACCAGACCAGCACAAGCAAUGCUCAUUGAGAAUCCGUCUCAACUAUAGCAAUCGUUAUCCAUCUCUCGCCCGCCUCGAAAGUCACCCUCAAGGCGUACUCCGUACCAGGUUCACUCCUGUUUCAAGCCAACAGAGGCUCUCAAUCGGGAUCAUCCGAUUCGCUCUGCCGCGUGGUCACCGACGAUCUCCAACCGUCUCUUCAACUGGGCCGUCCUUCACCGACACACCUCGCCGCGCGACCAGGGAUUAAGGUAAGCUCGCACCGGGCCAAUUGCUCAUGUCACUGUGUACCAGAUGAGCAGGAGACAGUUGGGGAGUGGACUCGCUAAGUAAAGGGGGACAGGAACGAAAGCUCACGCGCUAGGGGUUGAGAAACCAAGCGUCACACGAAAGAAACGCAGGAGAGCAAAGAAAAGAGAAGAAGCGACAGCUGCAGCACGCGCGCAGGAGGCGACAAGAUCCAAUCGAUCCCAAAAGUCUCAGUUCCCAUUUUCCAGGGGGUUCACUUUUUUUUUUCUGCCUUCUGCGGCUUGGCUUGGCCACAGCCACCAAAACCGUCCCGGCAAGGUUGCUCUGUGCCUGGUAUCCAGUUGUGAGGGCGAUAGGCCACCAAAAAGGCGAUUAUCCAUCCCACUUGCCGUCCGCCUGUUUGCCCGCGCCCAUCUUGCUUGCUGCGGCUAAGCGUCGUCUAUCCUCCGUAAGGUAUCAAUCAAUCGGUAAGCUCAAAAUCCCAUCGCAGAUGCGACCUCUUCCUUUUAGCUUUUUCCUUGUCACUCCGUCACAUCUCCACGCUGCAUUUCCAUCAAACUUCACCUCGUACUUGUCUCUCCUCCUUCAAAUCACAAUAUCAACAUCGCCGUAUUGCUGUGCCAAGUCAAGUGAGGCAAGCGGCAACGACAUCAAUACGCAAUCCAACAUCUCUGAGAAGAAAGAGAGAUUAUAUCGGCCGGGGUUGUGCAUACUCCUCGAAUCCGAUUUGGUUCCACGACAUAGUUCUUGUUGGGAAAGUGGCCGUGUCGAGACUCGAGAGUCCCCGGGUGGUUUAAGAAGAAACCGAAAAAGGCGCCCCGCGCGUGCGUGUGCGAUUCAUUAAGAAAAGAAGGCGUUGAAACCUACCCGGGCUAAAGUUGCAUCUCGGCCAACUACAUUGACUGCCUUACCUCAUCUCCCGUAUCAAGGGAUCAGAUUCCCUAGCAGCAGUGCCACCUCACCUUUCCCCUUCCCCUUCCUUGUCUGGACCGGCCCCCCGAGCUUACCUUAAUUCAACCUCCCGCGUCCAAUCUUGGAUAAAAAACUCCCCCACCAUCAUCCCGAAACCCCCCUAAACCUUUUCACCCCGAGAUAUCCCAUCUUCCUUCCGUACAUAAACCGCUCAUACGUGGCGUAACCCCCCUUCGCGCGUCAUUGUUCUUCUGCCAAGACAACCCACGAGACAGAUCAGCCUUCGCAUAUACGCAUAUUCCCAGACAUGGCUUCGCGACCGCGCCGCUCGGCGGCCAAGAAGGCGCAAGAACAGAUUACUGACUGGGCCGAUAGCGAGCGAACCAGCAGCAUGUCUACCCGUGCUCGCCGCUCAGAUGGCCGGACCUCGGGCGUAUCCCGCGGCCCGCCCUCGUCACCAGGAAGUGAGCACCUGAACCUCACUGUCAAGGUACCCGCGAACAAGCUUCGCGAGGCCACCAGCAGGGGGCGGAACUCGACGGGAAACAGUAUUUCGGUCAACAGUGAGGUCGUUGCCGGCAGACGCAACCGUGGCCCAAAGAAGAGCUACGUUGUAGAAUCCGAUAGCGACGAGGAGGACGAAGACGAAGACGAGGAAAUGGAGGAGCCUGACGCAGAUGGCGAUGACGACGACAUGGAAGUCGACGCCGAGGGCGAGGAGGAAGAUGCCGAUGGCGACAUCGACAUGGACACCCCUGCAGCCCCCACCAUCAAGAUCUCCUUGCCCAAGGCUGGAAAGGUUACUCCUCGACGACCAGCAGCGGCGAGAGUGAUUGAGGACGAUGACGAUGACGAGGAGGAGCUCAGCGAGAUUGAAGUCAGUGACCCUGAGAACACGAUGAACAUGAGCAUCGAUGUUGGGGGCGCCGGCGACGACGAUGAUGAGGACGACGAAGACGACGAAGACGAAGAAGAGGAUGCUGAAGGUGAAGAGGAAGAUGCCGAAGGCGAAGAAGAAGACGCAGAGGGCGAAGAGGAAGAGGAGAUUGAAGUCGCGGACGAGACUGUGGGAGCGGAUGCCGAAGGCGAGCUCGACAGCGAUCUGGGCAGUCGUGAGGGCACACCCGAUUUGACCAAGAUGACGAGGAGACAGCGGGCUCGCUUCGAGGACGAGCCUCAGCAGUAUAUGAAACUUUCAGACGAGGUCCAAGCAAAGAAGGUCUUCACUGCCGAAGAAUUAUCGAUGAGAAGGGCAGAAAUGGCACGUCGACGACGCAACCUGUCUGACAAGCGCAACGAAGAAGUCAAGAUGGAAACCAUCAACAAGCUUUUGAAGAAACAGGCGCCCAAGACCAAGGGCAAGGGAGCCAAUGGCGAGGACACGCCCGGCGGCGACUCAUCAAAGCCCGACGUCGCCUUUGUCCGCUGGGUCAACUCCAAGAAGGGCAGCAUCGUUGCUGUUCCCGAGGAGAUUAUCGGAGGACCGACUGGCAAGGUGUUUGGACCUCCAGGUCUGAAAUCUGGCAAGAUGGUUGAGGAAGUCGCAUAGAAAGACCUCGAUGCGUUGAACCCCUUUCUUGAGGCUUGGCUGUUAUUCUUCGAGGGAUAUCACAAGCUGUAUUCGAGUUACGAGACACCUGGAAUGCAGAUGGGAGCUCACCUCCACAGUCAAAGGUCGUGUCGUUUGGGGGGGAAGGAGCGGCGCUAGGCGAAAAUUGGCAUCAUUUCACAGUACACAUAAUCAGGAGUAGCCUAAAACAAAGUAACG